UGGAGAGUUCUCAGGCAGGAGCUCUCCAAUAAAUAUUUCCCGGCAAUUGGAUAAACCAUUCCAAGUCGGCAAUGGACUCGCGUAACGGGCGCAGCUUCUCUGGGGGGAGUGGCAGUGAAGGGGGUCGGGGCAAUAAUUACUACAGAUCCAGGCCGGGAUCCCGAUACAGCAGGUCCCGGUCGCGUUCACGUGAGCGGAAUCGGGGUUAUGGAGGUUUCCGCCAGCGGAAUUCUCGCUCGCGAAGUCGGGAUCGCUCUCCCACUUUCAGAAACGAUCAUCGCGGUGGUCGCGGCGGCAAUGGUGACCCCGAUCUGUACCACAACCUGAUCAACGAUGACUACCGGGAGGAUCAGCGCAACUAUAAUCCUCGGAAUAACUAUGAUAAUCGCCAGUUCCGGCGGGAUGAUAACUUUGAUCGACGGAAUCGGGAUAGAGAUUGUGAUAGUGAACGCGAGCUGAAUGACUAUGAGUACGAGCAGCGCUGUCGGGAUUAUGAUUCCCGGGAUCGUAACUCCAUAGACAGGGAUCGGUUUCAGGAGAGGAGUCACAGCCGGGAGCAAAAUAGACCUUGGAACAACAGGAACUUUAAUCACGACGACCGCAGCAGAAGCAACGAGCGGAACACACGCCCGCGAGAUAAUCGUAUGUACAACGGCGGUGGAAGCAGCAAUCAUAAUCGAGAACGGGAAAGGGAUUGGGAUCAGGACAGGGAUCGCCAAAGGGAAAGAAGAGGUUCCUCAGAUUACGACAGUGAUGAGGGUCACAUGCGCAGGAACAAAUACAGAGGAACCGCCGAGGCACUCAAUAUAAUUAUAAUCUUCGGUCUUACCAAGGAUAUGACGAGAGCAGAUAUAAUGAGCGAGCUGAUCAAGGUGAACAUGGAGCCGGCCUGCAUUCGGAUUAUCCGGAAACAUGGAACAGAUUCAUCACGCGGUAUAGCGUUUGUCGAGUUUAACACCGUUGAGGAGGCGAAGCAAUGGAUGGAUAUUACACAGGGCGUACUAAAAUUGAACGAUCAGCGGGUGACCAUGCAGUAUAGUCACAAGAGGAUUCAGGAUUGGAAUUGCAAUAAGUGCGGCGUCUGUAACUUCAAGUUUCGAUUCUACUGCUUCGUGUGCAAAACCUCCCGGGAAGAUAGCGAAACCACCUUUUCCUCGGGCAGCGAGGGCGUGGACGAAGUCAGCAGCAUCCUCACCAAAAAGAUCAUGCUGCGCAAUCUGGAUGCCUUGACCAAUGAGGAGGGAGUGCUCACUGCCCUCCAGCAGCACCUGUCGGAUCUCAGCAAGACGGUCAGCAAGGUGAUCAUCAGCAGAGAUACCUUGACGCAGGCAUCGCGUGGAAUCUGCUACCUUCACUUUGACACACUCGUCGAUUCCAUGAAUGUGCACAAUGCCCUGACUUCGCUGGAUCCUCCAUUAACUCUAGACGACAGACUUGUUGCGGUGACCUAUUGCAAUGACCUGGAGGAACGGCAAGCUCUGCCCAAGGAUCCCAAGGGCUCAGCAGUAAAAGCCAGCGAAGCCAGCGUUAAAAGUAGGGAUAUUUCUGCAGUUCCACCCACCGGAUUGGGUGGCAACUACACCCUGGCCGAUGUUCCACGCCUUGCCGAGUACAGUGCCUCCCUGUACGCUUCGAAUCCCGCGGAGCACGCUCAUUACGUCCAGUACUACACGGAUUAUUACACGGCCGACAUUGCGAAGAAGAACAGUGAUCCUCAGUUAACCGAGGCCAACUCCGGAGCAGCAGUGGCACUCUCGGCCAUCCAGCGCAAGCAGAAGAAGAUGAAUAGCAUCGAGACCACGAUCACGGCGGCGGCCACAGCUGCCGCUCAAGCAGCGGCGGAAGUUAAAGCCACAUUUGCAGCUGCUCAGGGCGGAGUCACUGCGCCCAGGGGCAACGAUGGAAAGACCUACCCCACUCCCGAUGUGACGCAGUACCAGUACGACGAGACUUCCGGCUACUAUUACGAUCGCUCCACGGGUCUCUACUACGAUGCCCACUCGCAGUACUAUUACAACAACGAGACGGGCGCAUAUCUCUAUUGGGAUCAGAAGAGAAGCACCUACGUGCUGGCCACGCCGGCUUCCACGCAGGCUGCCCUCCAGGAAACCCUCGCUGAUGCAGAACAAAAGGAGGAGGAGGCCAAAAAGGCAAGGGAGAAGGAAAAGGACAAGGAGGAGGGAGGCAACAAGCACGACAAAGUCAAGGUGGCCAAGAAGAUUGUCAAGGACAUGGAGAAGUGGGCCAAGCAGCUUAACCAGAAAAAGGAUUACACGGCGGUGGCCACGCCGCAACCAAUCCUGGGAAACGAAGGACCCACCACCUCGCGGGGAAAUCAAGGAGGAUACGCUGAUGUGGGCUUCUCAAUACUCGAGAAAAAGGAGCGGGGAAAGCUCAAUGAAUAUGCGCCACAGGCGCAGGUUCCGGGUCCAAUGAAUAAGCUUGUAAAUGCCUAUGGCGGAGCAUCGGACUCUGAGGAGGACAGUGCUCAGAAUUUCCAAAGCUCACAGACUGCAGCGGGAUCAGGAGGAGGUCCAGCUGGAGGCGGAGGCGCCAGCGAGUCGGAUUACGUGGAUUUCCAGAAGCUAACCUGUCUGCUUUGCAAACGUGCCUUCCAAUCGCUGGAUAUAUUGCAGAAGCACCUGAAGAUGUCCACGCUGCACAAGGAGAACCUGGCCAAGCUCAAUCAAAAUACAGCAGGAGAUGCUAGCAUUGAUGAGGCACUGUCUUACCGUGACCGAGCCAAGGAAAGAAGGCUUAAAUACGGCGAAAGCGAUCCUCCUCCGCCCAAUCGCAGCAGGGAGCGCUUUGAGCAGGAAAUAAAGACCUUGCAGACGCGACAGAAGGAUCCUUCUGGUGCUGCUCCCGCCAUGCCCAUCAGUUCGAGCAACGUGGGCAGUCGUCUGCUGCAGAAGAUGGGCUGGUCGGAGGGUCAGGGACUGGGCAGGAAGAACCAGGGACGCACUCAGAUUAUAGAGGCCGACGGACGAUCCAACAAUGUGGGUCUGGGCAACAAGUCGGCUGGACACAUGAUGCCGGGCUACGACUACAAAUCCUACAUCAAGAUGAAGAUGAAACAGCGCUAUGAGAAUGUCUGAGAAUAGGCACUUAAUAUUUACAGCCGUUUUCACAUGCUCCUUUUUAAC